AUGAAGUUGGAACCUUUCAAGGAAGUGUUUAAACGUCAGGUACCUGUUGAUAUUGGUAGACCAAUACCAAUGAUAGCAUAUGAAUUGGAUCAUCCUAAAAAUUGUGGUGAUCCUUGGAUUGGUGCAUAUUCAAAGCAUGGUUUCUGGUAUCAAUUUUCAAAUGGCACAAAUGAUGAUUAUCAGAAAGUAGUUGCUCGAGCAUAUGAUAGUGAUUCAUAUAAAAUGGAUUAUGAUUCACUUAAGAUAUGGAAAACCAUGCCAACCUAUCGUUGUCGAUUCAUUGUCGCCAAAAAUCUAAGUGAUGAACUUCUUGGCAGCAUAACGAUAGCUUAUUUUAAUGAUUUCGCAGUAAUUGGUGUAUAUUAUGUAAUUGAAGAGUAUCGACAUUCCGGUAUUGGAAGCAAACUUUUUAACGAAGCAUUGAAAAAUGUUACUAACAAACAAAAUACCAUAUUUCAUUCAUUAUCACAUUUGGCCAAUAAAUGUUAUCGUUUUGGUUUUACGGCAUCAUUCCUACAAGAAUGGAAAUUUGCUACAUAUAAGAUCAGCAAUCCGUCAGCAUUUCCCACACUUCAGGAGAAAGAAAUUACAGUUAUUAAAUACAGUAAUCUUUCGGAAGCUGAACUUACAGCUUUGCUGAAAUAUGAUGGAAAUGUAACAAAUGUGAAUCGAGAUAUUUGGCUAAAAGAAUGGCUUCAACAAGAAAAUUACAGUACUUAUAUAGCUUUUAAAGAGAAUGAAGUGAUCGGAUAUGGAAGUUCGAGAGAGAUUGCUGGAGGAUAUGUAUUACCAAUAUUGGUUGGCCCAUUAUAUGCGGAUAAUUUCGAAACUGCUAGUGCUUUACUUCACGCUUCACUAAAGAAAUACUAUAAUCCGGAUGAAGAUUACGAUUGGGAUCCUGAUAUUUUUGCAAUAUAUAGAAGGGAUGUGUAUUUUGUAGUACCAGAGCAAAACAUUCAAAUGAUAACAUUAAUGGAGAAACUAAAAGGUGAAAUGGGAACAAUUAACAAAGAUCGACUCUAUUAUAUUGUAGGUAUUUUUCAUUUUCGAUAA